AUGGUUGAAGUUUCAUUGACGGUUGGAAAGUUAGAUGCUUCAUUAGCACUCUUAUUAACAACAGACCACCAUUUAAUAGAAUUUCCCACUAUUUUAUUACCCAAUGGUGUUAAAGCAGGAUCGAUUGUGAAGAUCAAAUGUGAUCAAGACUUGGAAACUGAAGAGGAAGAAUCUAAACAUUUUCAAAUGGUUCAAGAUGAGAUAUUGAACACUUUUGGCAAGAAUCUUCCCAAGGAUCCUGUCUUGAAGAUAAGGAAUGUAACUCAAACGUCAUGUGUAUUGGAAUGGGACACAUUAGACUUGGGUACGGCUAACUUGAAGAACCUUUUGUUAUUCAAAGACGGUAAAAAGCUAGGAACAAUUCCACAGCCAUUAACUAAUAGAACCACCAAGUUAUCUGGGUUGCCUAUAAAUAAGACCUUUCACUUCCAACUACGCCUAAAUACUACCGCAGGGGUAUAUCAAUCUAGUUCAGUUGAAGUCACUACGCAUAAAAUGACAGACUUAUCAGGUAUUACGGUCUGCUUGGGAGAUAUAAGCCCAAACGAUCAGUUUACAGUAGAAGAUAUUGAGGAUUCGUUACAGAAUAUGGGAGCUCAUUACCCAGCUCAGAAGGAGAUUAAAGUUGAUACUACUCAUUUCAUCUGCACGAGGGAAAAUACGCAAAAUUCGGAAUUUAUCAAAGCAAGUGACAUGAAUAUUCCAAUAAUUAGACCUGAAUGGCUCAAGGCUUGUGAAAGAGAAAGAAGGAUUGUUGGGGUUAGAGACUUUUAUGUCAAAGAUUGUGUCUUACCUGACAUAUUUGCCAAGAAUUACUGGAAGAAAUCGCAUGGUGAAUCUAAAGAAGCAAACCCCAUUAGUGAACAGUCAGUUGAUGUUGCUAAGCAGCUUGCUGAAGAUAAAGAAGAGCCAAAAGAUUUACCUGUACCUGAGGUUAAUGUUGAUACACCAAGUGCUUCUAACGGCAAGGCAAAUGAAAAAGAUGGCUUGGAUGAAAUCAAUAUUGGAAAUGAUAUCAGCCACGAAGCGAAGCCUGAAACUGAGGCACACGUAGGAGGGACCUCAGAAGAGCCCAGAGUCUCAAGCUCUCAAAUUGACGACACUCUGGUUGCUAAAUCUCAGAAAGAAGAGAUUCAAGAAGAGCUCUCUCAGAGCUUACCAAAAGAAGAUAAGGAUGAUCAAUCUAAGAUUGAAGAGCCUAUUAAUGAAAUAGAAUCGCAGAAGGAUGACACAGCUAAGGUUGAAGCUUCGAUAAAUGAAGAGAGCACUGACAAAGCAAAAAAACCCACUAAGGAAGAAGAGCCUACUAAGGAAGAAGAACCUACUAAGGAAGAAGAACCUAUUAAGGAAGAAGAACCUAUUAAGGAAGAAGAACCUACUAAGGAAGAAGAAUCCACCAAAGAAGAGGAACCUGUUAAGGAAGAAGAGCCUAGUAAGGUGGAACGAGCAUCCAAGGAAGAGAUACUUGAUGAAGUACCACUCAAGGAAGAAGAACUUAAAGAAGAACCUAAAAGUACUGAACCUGAGCCAGUGUUGAAUGAUGAUUUGAAAGAAGAAAAUGAAUUUGAUGAAGAGGAAACGUCCGACCACCAAGAACAAAAUGACAAAGAUGUAGUAGAAUCUGGGUCCUCGCCUGUCUCUAAGAACAGUAAAAAGAAGAAGAAUAAGAAGAAGCGGUCAAAAGCUUAA